CGCAGUGACAUCUGCAUAAAUGGGCGUUCCGGGAUUCGCGCAUCUUGCUUGGCGGUGCCAGGUGUGUUUUAACCUGUGGCGAGGGAUGCAGUCGCGGUUGUCAUCAUCAAAAUGUGUGGGAUGCGAACUAAGACCUGGAACGAGAAUAAAUUACCAUUAGGUGAAUGCUGUGAUAACGACACCAGCAGUUUUCUGUCACAGGUAUAAAGGCACUCUCGUUGACGCACUAAAUAUACGGCUUCCGAUGUCCCAAAUCUCCGAGAAGAUUUGUCUCUCACGCAGUCUAUGGUGAGGUGAGUGGAUACCCUGUUUUGACAACUUCCAUCCAAAGGUUUAGGAGAAUAAGAAGAACCAACCUAUGAUAAGGUGAUGCGGAGGCUGAAACAUUGAUGCAUUCAUGUAGGCACUGGAUUGCUGACUUAUUUACUGUUUUACGCACAAAGACCAUUGUGAGUUUUGCAAUAUUACGGACGUAUUUUCAGUGGAAUAGCCAGCUAACGUAGCCCGCAUAGUGACUUUUAUUGGAAGUCAUGCUACUCCAGCAUUACUGUGGUUUCUUGGACAAUACGAAAUGUAUUUACACAUUACCCGGGAAAACCUCAUCCAUGACACAGGCUGGCUCUCAACAGUGAAUUAUCAAUUAUAAAAGAGAAAUUAAACUCCGACCAGAUCCAGUGAAUAACUCAAUAUCAGAAAUCUCUGUUCGCCCAUAUUUUCUCCUGCAUUAGUGCUUGUGAAACAAAGCAAAACCAAAGAUACCCUUUCAGAUCAGUGACGAACCACAUCAAAAAGAUACAAUAUGUCUAGAACACUGAAAAAGAAGAAACAUUGGUCCAGCAAAGUGCAGGAGUGUGCGGUGUCAUGGGGAAGCCUCGGAGAAUUCGGCAAUGUGGUGGAGGUGCUGGGGGGUGCUGAACACGGAGAGUUUCCUUACCUGGGCCAGAUGAAGUUGGAUGUGAUGUUGUGCCACGUCGGUACAAUGCCCUAUUUCGGUGACGUUUUGUUGGAGAUCAACGGAACACCCGUCAGUGGACUUACAAACCGCGACACUCAUGCAGUCAUUCGCCACUUUCGGGAGCCCAUUCGUUUGAAGACCGUCAAACCAGGGAAGGUUCUGAACACAGACCUGCGCCACUACCUAAGCCUGCAGUUCCAGAAGGGCUCGUUGGAUCACAAGCUGCAGCAGGUCAUCCGAGACAACCUCUACCUGCGCACCAUCCCCUGCACCACGCGGCUGCCCAGAGAAAGGGAGGUACCGGGUGUGGACUACAACUUCAUCAGCGUGGGAGACUUCCGUAUCCUGGAGGAGAGUGGCCUUCUGCUGGAGAGUGGAACCUACGAUGGUAACUACUAUGGGACCCCAAAGCCCCCAGCGGAGCCCACCCUGGUGCAGCCUGACCUGGUGGAUCAGGUGCUGUUUGAUGAGGACUAUGACAAUGAGGUCCAGCGUAAACGCACCACGUCCGUCAGCAAGAUGGACAGGAAGGACAGCGUGGUCCCUGAGGAAGAAGACGAUGAUGAGAGGCCACCUCUGGCCAACGGCCUCCCAGAGCACAAAGAAGGGGCAUCGUGGAGGAAGGCGGUGCCCAGCUACACCCAGUCCAGCAGUGCCAUGGACUUCCGUAUGUGGAGCUCUCUGCCCGGCGAUGACAGCCUGGAACCCCUGCCUCUCAACUGGGAGAUGGCCUACACCGAGACGGGCAUGGUCUACUUCAUAGAUCACAACAGCAAGACCACCACCUGGCUGGACCCCCGCCUGGCCAAGAAGGCCAAGCCCCCAGAGAAGUGUGAGGAUGGAGAGCUUCCGUAUGGCUGGGAGGAGAUAGAGGACCCACAGUAUGGAACAUAUUAUGUAGAUCACAUCAACCAGAGAACCCAGUUUGAGAACCCAGUCCUGGAGGCUAAGAGGAAGCUGAGCCAGGAGACUACUGUCUCUAUCCAGCAGGGGGCACCACCUCCUCCAGGUGAGGGGGGUGCGUCAGGCUUCACCCCAGACCCAUCCCAGCUGCAAGGGGAGAUGUUCCACACUGCUCUGAGGAAAAGCUCCCAGGGCUUUGGCUUUACCAUCAUAGGGGGCGACCGCCAUGACGAGUUCCUGCAGGUGAAGAACGUCCUCAGCGACAGCCCUGCUGCCCAUGACAACAAGAUCUCCUCCGGCGAUGUGAUCGUGGAGAUCAACGGGAAAUGUGUGCUGGGGAAGACCCACCCUGAGGUGGUGCAGAUGUUCCAGUCCAUCCCAGUAAGUCAGUAUGUUGAUAUGGUGCUGUGCCGCGGCUACCUGCUGCCCCCAGACGUGGCGGGGGACACCGAGAACCCCCCUCCCCCACCUCCGCCCCUGCAGGGAGGCGAGGUGGUGACGGCCGUGCCCCUCAUCAAUGGCCAGCCCCUGCUGGUGAAGGGCGACGUGCUGCAUGGCUCCUCCCAGGAGCUCCACUACGUCACCACCGACGCCAGCGGACGGCCCAUGGUGGCCGCGCUGCCCAACGGGAGGCUCUCUGAGCAGGGGGGAACAGGCCUGCUGCAGCCCGAGCUGGUGAGCGUGCCCCUGGUGAAAGGCCCGGGAGGGUUUGGCUUUGCCAUCGCAGACUGUCCCCUUGGCCAGAAGGUGAAGAUGAUCCUAGACGCCCAGUGGUGCCGCGGCCUGCUUAAAGGGGAUGUGAUCAAGGAGAUCAACCGUCAGAAUGUUCAGACUCUGAGCCACGCCCAGGUGGUGGACAUCCUCAAAGACCUACAGGUGGGGAGCGAGGUCAUCGUGCUGGUGCUCAGAGGAGGUCAGACAUCUCCUGUGAAGAGCCUGAAACCUAGGCAGGAAAUGACAUCUAGCACAGAGACUCUGGACUGUGUCACAGACUCGGUCCCCCAGGCCCUCCCUUACAUCUCCAACACUUCAACCCUGCGCAACAACUCCCCCAAACGAGACACCACAGAGAUGUACCUCAAGUCCAAGGCCCUGCUGGAGAGCAAGCAGCCUCACACCAAAGACCUGGAUGUGUUCAUCAAGAGGGACCAGGAGACUGGCUUUGGCUUCCGUGUUCUGGGAGGAGAAGGUCCAGAGCAGCCAGUGUAUAUUGGUGCCAUCGUGCACCUUGGUGCAGCUGAGAAGGAUGGACGCCUGAGGGCUGGUGAUGAGCUCAUAGGCAUCGAUGGAAUCAUGGUCAAGGGCCGUUCCCACAAGCAGGUUCUGGACCUGAUGACCAACGCUGCCCGCAAUGGUCAGGUCAUGCUGACUGUGCGUCGGAAAGUCAUCUACAGAGAUAUGACUGAGGAGGAGGCAGGGCUCCACAUGGCUCCAGUGUUGGUGAACGGCUCCCCCAGACUCCCUCGUAUCCAGAUGCCCAGUGUGCUGGACCACGAGUCCUUCGACAUCACCCUCCACCGCAAGGACAGCGAGGGCUUCGGCUUCGUCAUCCUCACCUCCAAGAGCAAGCCCCCGCUAGGAGUGAUCCCUCAUAAGAUCGGACGCAUCAUCGAAGGCAGCCCCACUGACCGCUGUGGCCUGCUGAAUGUAGGCGACCGCAUCUCAGCGGUCAACGGACGGUCCAUCGUGGGGCUGUCUCACAAUGACAUCGUUCAGCUCAUCAAGGAUGCUGGCAAUGCUGUCACCCUUACUGUGGUCCCCGAGGAUGAAUACAAGGGCCCUCCCUCUGGAGCCAGCUCAGCCAAGCAGAGCCCCGCCCCUCAUCACAGAGCUAUGGGUCAGAGGUCAGCUAUGCAUGACGAGCGUUAUAACCUAGAUCUGGAGGAGGAGAAGAGGGAGGGAGUCACCUGGGCCGACUACAAAACUCUGCCUCUGAGCGAACAGGGAACAAUGUGUGUUACAGGCCCCAAACAGGGCUGUAUCACGGUGGAGCUGGACCGGGGGUCCCGGGGUUUUGGCUUCAGUCUGAGGGGAGGGACAGAGUACAACAUGGGCCUGUACAUCCUGAGACUGGCUGAGGAGGGGCCUGCCCUGCUGGACAGCAGGAUCCACGUGGGGGAUCAGGUAGUGGAGAUCAAUGGAGAGCCGACCCAGGGGAUCACCCAUACCCGCGCCAUCGAGCUGAUCCAGGCUGGAGGCAGCAAAGUGCAGCUCCUGUUAAGGCCAGGGCAGGGUCUGGUACAAGACAACAGUAAAUUGGAUCCAACUGUCACUUCAACCACAAGCUUUCCUAGAGAGGCGCUUGUCUCAGAGACAUCCCCUCUCGCUUCUCCAUUCUCCACCUGCACCUUCACCUCAGGUUCCUCCUCUUUCACCAGUGAGACCCCUGACUGGAACUCCCUGUCCCCCCGAACGCUCCACCCCCAGUGCAGCAGGGGCACUGGCUCAGUGGAGUGGAAUGGAGAGUGGGCAGACAGGCAGGCUGACAGGCUCUCUCCCAUCACCCCUGAGCAGAUCAACCUCUAUAAGGUCAAACCAGGUCACACCAGGUCUAAAGACUCCAAGGAGCCCAGCAGCCCCCAAAAAACAGGUGAAACAUUCUCUAAAGCCAAAGAGCACUCACAGAGUCCCAAAAAAUCUGAGAGGAAGGCACAGGAAGCAGAGCCAAGCAAAGACAGGAAGUCCCACUGCCAGAAAGGAAAUCGGUCACCCAGUCCCAAGAAGUCUACUGGAGAAAGACAGGAAGCCUCGAGCCAGCUGCAUGUAAAGAAACAGCAGGUACAGCAGAGCACAUCAAAGGAGCUUUCCAGCAAGGAGCCCUUUGAUGAAAACAAAAACAGCAAAAGGGGAGAUUCAAAGGGCAGGAAAAGCACACAGGAGAGAAAAGGGAUAGUGGGAACGACCAAGGCUGCCCAUGGCCAGGUCAGUAUUGAAAAGAAAGUGGGGACAGAGGCAGGACAUCACAGGCCAACCCCUAUGGAGACAGGGGCAUGGAGAGAUAUUCUGAAAGUUACUCUAGAGAAGAGUAAACCUCAAGAUGGAGAAAAGGAAAAACGCGAAGAGCAGACAAGCAAAAAAGACAUAGGGGCUUCCUUAAAAGAGGGAAAGACUAGAAAAUAUUAUGGGGCCUCUACAACAGAGGAAAGGAGUAUAAAAGACACACAGGCCUCUCCAAAUGCCAUUCAGCAGGAUCCUCUGAACCAAAAGGGUCAGAUUAGCCCUGGCCCCUGGAAAGUCCCCAGCUCAGCCAGAAUCCUCUCCCAGGCUGAGGUGCUGCGUAAUCCCCCUUACUGAUACAGUAUGGACAACACUGAGUGGACACAAUCACACAGACUUGAGCUGUACCACAACAUGCUGUAUAUUGUUGGUCUGUUUCUUUCUCCAAUGAGAGGGAUGGACGAGGAAUGACAGGCAACCUUAUCGGCCAUGUGUCAUGUCCAUCUGUGUCCGUGAAGAGGACUUUUUUAAGCUAUAUUGGCCUUUGACAUUAGGAAUGGCAUGUAAAGCCAACGCUGUCAUCUCUCUUCCUGCUUCGUGUGCUGCUUCAGACAUCUCUGAUCUGGGCCAUACGCAUGUUUGGAAUGUUUAGGGCCUAUUCUUGGACAUCUUGUGGAAUGAAUACUAACCAUACUUCACCCAUUAUAAUGCAAUUAUUAUCCCAUAUGCAACCAAGCAGAAAGGUCUCUAACACACACAAAGUUAAGCUGUCAGUAAAGGUUUUAUUUUCAUGUUGGGUAUCUACAGCAAGCACCUUGGAAUUGGCCUUUUCACAUGGCACUUUUUUCCCAAGGGAUUUGCUCAACUGCAUGCAGUCCGUACGUUUAUUUUAUUGCACGCCUUUACCACUCCACUGAGUAUGAUCCUUUCACCUGAUGUGAAAAUACUGAUGCCGAAGUUCUGACCUUAACACCAUGUAGAGAUUUCAGACUUUAUUCAGAAAGCAUUAGCUUUACGAAGGAUUCUAGACUGUUCUAAGACAAUAGACAUGAUUCGUGAAUACAAAAUAUAUCAUUACAAAAGACCAGAAACUUGUGGUUUGAGAUAUUGUUUACCAUGUGUAUGAUAACCUAUGUGUAAUUUAUUGAAAUUAUAGAUUAAUAUAGAUAUACAGUACCAGUCAAAAGUUUUUACUCAUUCAAGGGUUUUUCUUUAUUUUUGCUAUUUCAUACAUUGUAGAAUAAUAGUUAAGACAUCAAAACUAUGAAA